UGAGAGACACACUCCUCCCGCAGUUCUGGUAAAAUGCCAUCUUUCUUAUAUCUGGAGCUCACACACUUCCGGUCUGUGCCUGUCUUCACCUUUACGCUUGAACUUGGGUACCCGAAGUCUCCUAUGUUGCGCACCGCGGCUCCGACUCCCCCCUCACCUGCUCCUCCCCUUCCUCCUCCUGCAGCACCACUAACCAAGCCGGAACGGGACACUUUUCAGCGCAGCAAACCUUUACCCGCUUCCAUCACUGGUAGCUAUGUUCAGACUCUCUUUGCGCCUUCCACCGACUUGGAUGAAGCGGACACCGCAGAGGCAUUCCUGUCUUUAAAACAAGACUGGUCGUUGACACUCUGAUUUGGUGUUGAAUGAUCGGAGGGACUGUGAGGCAGACACCGUGCAGGUUUGGCCGUCUGGAGAUGAGCGCACAGGAUGUGCCUGCAUGAUGCCACCAUGUGUCUAGGCCCUCCCUAAUCCUGCUGCGGCGACACAGAGGAUCCCCCUCAGUCCCCUGACACCUCUGUGCUACACAUUUGCCUUCUUGACUCAUCCAGCUCAUCCUCUGCAGCUAUCAGCCACUGAUCAAUCCUAACCCACUCUUUCUUUUCAGGCUUUCCGUUUGCAGACUCUCACUUCAGACCAGGAUUACCCACUGAUCUGAUGCUGAAUCCUGAUACGCCAACUGAGUCUAUUGUCGGCCUCUGAUGGCAAUGUCAAAACUCACCCACAUCCCCCUCACACAAGAGGUUCCCUGAAACUCCUCGUUCCUCUCCUUUCUGGGUUUUUGCUCUGUUGAUUGGAAGCCAAAGCCAUAGCUCGUCUGGAAAAAAACCUCCUUGUUAUGAGGGGUUCUGAAACCAAGGAGACUGAAAGCACUUUUUAUGCCCUGCUUGUCUACAGCAGACCUGGGCUUUGGCAGGAAAGCUUUUCACAUGUGUACGUUUUAACAUAAAUUGUAGGAGGCUGCGAUACAGAAAAGGCCGCUGUGUCCUGAGCCUGAAAAGUUGAGCCUGUUGCAAUCCAUCCAGGACCUUUUUUGUCUUCAUUACCUGGUCUGAGCUGCCCAGUCCGGAGCAGCGCGCUUUCCAGAUGCUGCCAUGCCCAUCAUCAGCAAUGCCAACCAUGACUUCAGCAACCUGUCCGUCAGUGAUGACAGCAGUCUUGACCGCGUCUUCACAGAGAUCCCAGAGACUGAGACAAUCAAGGGUGUGUACUAUAAGAGAGCUCAGUUCAUCCGUCGGCCAGAGGACCUGGUGUCCAUCGACCACGGCCUGCUGGCAGUGAUCAAUGUUGGGGGAAACCGCUACACCUUCCCCUGGAGCACCCUGGAACAGUUCCCCCUCACUCGACUUGGCCGCCUCUGUGGUUGCCAGUCACCUGAAGACAUCGCUAGUGUUUGCGAUGACUAUGACGAAGCCCGCAAGGAGUUCUUCUUCGACCGGUCGCCGUCGGCCUUCAGGGUCAUCCUCAACUUCCUGGCUGCGGGGAAACUACGCCUGCUGCGGGAGAUGUGCGUCCUCUCCCUGCACGAUGAGCUGACCUACUGGGGCGUGGAGAUGACGUACAUGGAGCGCUGCUGUAAGAGGAAGAUGUACACACGCAUCGAGGAGAUGCACGAGUUGGAGCGGCGCGAGGAGGAGUGCAGGCAGAGAAACGCCAUGCAGCGUGUGACGGUGGAGGAGACAAGGUACCGUAAGAUGAUGAACUGGCUGAGAGACACAAUGGAGAAUCCACAGUCUGGCUUACCGGGGAAGAUCUUUGCCUGCACAUCGGUGAUAAUGGUUGCGGUGACUGUCGUCAGCUUGUGUAUCAGCACCAUGCCAGACCUCAGAGAGGAAGAGGACAGGGGUGAGUGUUCAUCCAAGUGCUACAACAUGUUCAUCAUAGAGACGGUGUGUGUGGCCUGGUUCUCACUGGAGUUCAUCCUGCGGUUCAUUCAGGCCCGCAGCAAGCUGGACUUCCUCCGUGGGCCGCUCAACAUCAUCGACGCCAUGGCCAUCCUGCCGUACUACGUCUCCCUGGUGGUGGCAGAGGAGGACCCAUCCAUGGACCACGAAAGACCAGGAGGAGGUAAGGGCUACUUGGACAAGCUGGGCCUGGUACUGAGGAUUCUGCGGGCGCUGAGGAUUCUCUAUGUGAUGCGGCUGGCUCGCCACUCUCUCGGCCUGCAGACACUGGGGCUGACGGUCAGGCGCAGCACCCGGGAGUUUGGCCUCCUCCUGCUUUUCCUCUGCGUGGCUGUCACCCUCUUCUCCCCGCUGGUCCACUUGGCCGAGAGCGAGCUCACAGGCACCCAUGACUUCAGCAGCAUCCCCGCCUCCUACUGGUGGGCCAUUAUCUCCAUGACGACCGUGGGCUAUGGCGACAUGGUGCCUAGGUCCAUUCCAGGACAGGUUGUAGCACUGAGCAGUAUCCUCAGCGGGAUCCUCAUCAUGGCCUUCCCUGCCACCUCCAUUUUCCACAUGUUCUCCCGCUCCUACCAAGAGCUCAAGAUGGAGCAUGACCGAUUGUUCAAAGAGGAGUGCGCGGCCGCUGCAGCUGCUGCUGCUGCCACUGGGGAGCAGCAGGAGGCGGGAGGUGGGGGGGACUCGGCUCCAUCUGCACUGGGAUUGCGUCUAGACAAGGACAGCGUGCACUCACUGGAAACUCUCGCUCUGUUGGGGAAAGGUGGUGAAUCUGCAGGAAACAACAAUCACAGCCUGCCAGCAGCAGCUUUCUGAACAGUACUCGCACUGACUGACUCUGUCCUAAACUAAACUCUGUGUUGCAUACAAUGAAAGUACUGCAAAUGACUAUUGCUCCAAAGGCCUCACUUGCUGCGAAGCGGGUGAAGGUAUCUGUGUUGCACUGGAUAAUAGGAGUUUAAACAAACUGUAUUUCCAUUGCUCUUCGGUCUGCUGAUAUGGAGUACAAGUGUGCACACAGAAACUGAAAGACUGAAAACCCUUUAAAUUGGACAGUCCAGUUUGUCUGACCAGAAAGCCAAUAUUAGUAACCGGCUGCUUCUAUAAACAUGCAAUAUUCAAUCCAAAGUUGCUUUUCCUUCCACUGUGAAAAUACCAGCCCAACUGCAAGUUUUAGUUUUAUUCAUAUUACUUUUCAAUGUAUUACCUACAGUAUGAGCAUACUCUGUCAUGAAUUCAAAAAAGUGCUCCUCUUGAGAAGCUUGAAGCCAUGUUCUGAGAAGAAAUAUAAACAAACUGAUAGUUUGGCUGAUAUAUGAUUAUGAUGUAAAUUCAUCUCUCUCUCUUUCUCUCUCUCAUGUAUGAUGGUAUGCUUGAACUCAAAGAGGUGGUGGUUUCUUCCAUUCUCUUUACUACUCCAGGAAAAUUAUUAUUAUUGAAGAUAUUGCAGAAGUUAUGAUUGUUUUUUCAGUCAGGUGAUGAGGAAAUGAAAGGAGUGGGUGAGGGAGUGGUUGUGUUGGAGAGAGAGGGUGCGUGAGUGAGAGAGAACGAGCGUUAACAACCAUAACGUGUACUUUGCAACGCUCCAAAUAAAAGCUCUCCUAGUAA